AUGGUCUCUGCAAUUCUCAAUGGGGCUGAGAACCUCUCACUCAUCAGAGGCAUAACCCCAAACGGGUUGGGUUUCAUGGGGUCAGAUCUUCAUGGGAAGCAAUUUCUGAAGAUGGGUUUGGUUUCAAGUACAAGAAUUUCCAAGUCUUGCACCAGAACCAUUGUGCCCAAGUGCAGCUUCUCAGCAUCUAGGCCAGCAUCCCAGCCUAGGUUCAUUCAGCACAAGAAAGAGGCUUUUUGGUUCUAUAGGUUCCUCUCAAUUGUGUAUGAUCAUGUCAUAAACCCUGGGCAUUGGACUGAGGACAUGAGGGAUGAGGCACUUGAACCAGCUGAUCUCAGUAAUAGGAAUAUGAUUGUUGUAGAUGUUGGUGGUG